GACCCACCAAAAUGCGCUUGUUAUCGUGUUACCUUGUCAUAUAGACCCAUCCGAUAGAUGUAACCGCUUUUGUCUCCCUUUUCCUUUCCCUCGCAUCUUCAUCUCGAUACUUUUCAAAACGUACCCGCCCUUAAUUUGCACGUUUGGAUUCCGCCGAUCUUCCAUCCUUCACAUAUAAACCUGUCAUUGCUUAAUUCACAUCAUGUCUACCUUGACCAAUAUUAAUCGAUAUCCCAAUGGUAGGUUUGCCAGCCAAUGAUCGCGCCAUUCUUUGUUCAUCGUUUUUAUUAUUGUUACUAAUAAAUAACCAAAACCGGCUGGACGUCUGUUUCUGGUGCAAAAAGAAUGGAUGAGAAAAUUACAUAUUCCUAGUCGAGUAGAUCUUAAUUUGCAGCGACCUGCAGCUGAAGGUUCGUUAAAGAUCGAAAUUGAGGAUAUCCCUCCUGAGCAUCUGCCAAGCGUCUCCUUGCGGGAAAAUGAGACUGCUUCAGUUACUAAACCGUCUGCUCACACUUUACCCAGUCGCGCUUCCCCACCAAUCAAUCCCAACCGUCCUAUCACCUCCUCUACGACAGAUCCAUAUUUAUCCUCAUUAUUGUCUUCAUCACCUAAAUCUGCCAUUGAUCAAAAGACGGCCGCACCAUCAUGUGAUAACUCGCCCAAUUGCCGCUGUUUUAAGUGUCAACGGCAACGUCGAUGGGCAGACAUUCAUAAGAAAACCAUCCCUGUCGCGCCUGCCAAUGCACCACUAACGCGAUCCAGCUCGGUUCAGCUUCUUCAGUCCAACCGUAACGUUCAUCCAACCGCGUCUUCUACGAGUCAUUCCUCCUCACCCACGCAUCCAUCCUCACCUCUCACCACGCUGCGAAAAUCAUCUUCCAUAUGCCUCCGCAAAACGCCGAGCUUGCAAUCUUACAACCGACAUCUUCCUCGACCGGUGUAUUCCGAAGCGGACAGCAUCUACCCUGUCGAUCUAAAAACGAUGCCGUCACCUACAGAGGUAAAAAAGCCGCCUUCCACCACCAGCAAUGAAGAGAAGAAGCAGGGUGACGAUGCAUACCAGAUUUCAUGGAAGGAUGACAGUGGCAAUGAUCUCUUAUCAUCCUUGCGCACCUUUCAAUACAUUUUUGACGAAAAGACGGACGAUAACCCAGAAGGAUUAUCUGAUCUACUGGAGGAACGUGCCAAAGAACUGCGUAUUAAAUCGUCGAAAAAACAUGAACAAGAGGAACCAAAAUUACCGCCACCACGAGAAGAUUGCUUAACACUAAGUUAUCGCAGUGGACCGCCUCAUCAGCAUCUGACCCUGUAUCAUACUAUGAAAAUGAAGAAAUCUCCGGAACGUACCGCAGCUUAUGUCAAGGCAUUCAAUCAUUGUGUAAAGGCAAACAGCGGCAUGUCAGGUUGGAUACAACGACAACGAGCACAAGAACCUCCAAAGAUGAUGUCGGCAGGUUAUGUGCCAUUGUAUCCGAAGAAGCACACCCAGAAACGGUCUUUAUUCCAUCCAAUGGCGAAAAAAAACAAAUUAGCAGAAGACCUAUGGUUCAGAACAACAUCAUCUUCCAUUGCAGAUUCUGCCCAACGAACGGCACAACAGGAACCCCCCACCUCCAUCCCGAUGGAUGUCCUAUCCGCAGCCCAUGCUCUUCUUCCCAACAAUUCUGUACCCGUUCACCAGAUCAUGAAUCGCACCGAUAAGGCUCAAUCUUACAGUCAUAUCGAUACGCCCCGUCCACCUCAACAGAGUCGAAACGAUCCUCAGACCUGCUCCGUAGCUCAGGAUGCCAGUAGCAUAUCGUCAGGAAGCAUAGAUGAAUCCUCUGCGACAAAGUCCCUGAAAGCAAGUCGGUUCUUUUCUUCUCUCAGCCGUCGAUCGUUAUGGGCUCACAGCGAAAGUAGCACAUCUAUUCAUUCGCUUGAAAAGGUAAAACAGCCUAAUCUGCAUCAACGGAAGCGUCUGGGGCUUACCAUAGCAAACGUAGGGUCACACGCCGGUAAAUCGACAGACACCUGAAGGGCCCGUAAGUUUGGAAGAUAUUACGGCACGGCUUAAUGAGGAAAACAAUCGAAAAGCCCUGGAUAAUCUGCGUGAGAUUUUGCCUCAUGUCGCUCCCAGUGUCUUGGAAGAGUACUUGCAUAAAGCGCAGGGCGAUUAUCGAACGGCAUUACAGUUGUGCAAAGAAGCCGUCGCGGCGGGUACUUUAAAAUAAAAUAAAAAAGUAAACGAAAAAUACAUGUCUAUUUAGUUGUAUUCUUUUUUAUAAAUGCUACUGCACAUCAUUAUCACUUUACUU